GCGGAGAAGCCUCCCCUGGAGCAGCUGUACCGGGAGGGCCCGCUGCUGGGGAGCGGCGGCUUCGGCAGCGUUUACGCCGGGACCCGGCUCGCCGACGGCGUCCCGGUGGCCAUCAAGCGAGUGUCCCGGGACCGCGUCUUGGAGUGGGCGCGGCUGCACGACGGCGCCCUUGUGCCCCUGGAGCUGGUGCUGCUCUGGAUGGCGUCGUGGCCCGGCUUCCGCGGCAUCGUGCGGCUCCUGGACUGGUUCGAGCUGCCCGACGGCUUCGCGCUGGUCAUGGAGCGUCCGGAGCGCUGUCAGGACCUCUGGCACCUGCUGCACGCGGGGGGGUUCCUGCCAGAGCCCGUGGCGCGGGCGCUGUUCCGGCAGGUGCUGGGGACCGUGCGGCACUGCACCAGCCGCGGCGUCCUGCACCGCGACAUCAAGGCCGAGAACGUGCUCGUUGACCUGGCCACCGGCGAGGCGAAGCUCAUCGACUUCGGCUGCGGCACCAUCCUGCAGGACACCUUCUACACCCAGAUGGCUGGAACGCGGGAGUACUACCCACCGGAGUGGAUCCUCUUUGGCCGCUACCAUGGCCAGCCAGCCACCAUCUGGUCCCUGGGCAUCCUGCUCUAUCAGCUGGUGUGCAGGCACCUUCCUUUCAAAAGCAGAGAGGACAUCGUCCGGGGACAGCUCUUCUUCCCGCCCCGGGUGUCUCAAGAGUGCCAGCACCUGAUCAGGUGGUGCUUAUCCAUGGACCCUGCAGACAGGCCAUCCUUGGAUGACCUUUCAGAACAUUCUUGGGUGCAGAAGCCCCACCUGGCCCAGGAGACAGCAGAG